UAAGCAAAGCUUAAGCUUAAGCUAAAGCCGAGCAUUCACCCUGUCGUCGUCAUCAUCAUCAUCAUCAUCGUCCACUACAUUCAUCCGGAGGAAUAAUAAAGCAGAGGGCAGUCGAAGUGGCUGAAGGAAAAGCCCUUCCUUUUUUCCUUCCUGUUCUUCUGCUUUUGUGUCUUGGAGUUGGAGAAUAUAUGCUCUUUUGCUCUUUCUACUGUUUGUUUUGAUUGUUUCUCGGGAAAAUUCAAGUCAAUAACAAGUGGGGUUGCUCUUUUUUGCUCGGAAAUAACGUAAUCUUAGCCCUGAAGAGUUCAAACUCAAUACGAUGGUUGGUAUUUUCUCCAGAUUUUCCGUCAGUCGAAGCGGCCAUCGACGAUCACAGAGCACCGUCGAUGAGAGGGAAGUGUUGCCUCCUGCUUCUGAUUCUGCCGCUACUGUAUCCACUACCAUACCGGCUGUCAGUCAUGGGAUCGAAGUGGCAACAGAAUUCAAACCGGUCGAACACCCUAUUGAGCCUCUGGAUAACGAUCAACCGAUCCAGUGCCCACUACCCGAGCCGUCGAUUCUUAAUGACGGGAGAAUUUGGAAGGAAAGAGUGUCGGCCUCAAUGAGGAGACGAGGUGAUUUGCCAGUUGUGAAAGACGGGUCAGCAGUAGAAUCUGGCGGUUCUGGAACAAAGCCUCCCCGCCUGAUCUUGCCAUCGCUGAGUGCCCCCGAGCACAACUUGCUGAAUCUCCUCGAGGAAUGCAACUCGGCCGGUAUCUAAGAACCCCUAGAUUCAGUUUCCCGGGUCAAUAGUUUUAUAAAAAGAUUCAUCGCUACAAUACGAGCUCCCUACCUACUCCUUGAUGUCUGAUUUCACGACCCUUUUUGUCAAGUCCCCUCUUUUAUGAUUGUGUGUGCAUGAACAGAUCAAAACCCUUGUGAAUCAUGAUCAAGCUCUAUGAUCUUUGUAGAUCUUCCAUCCAAUAUUCUAUAAUGAAAAAAGGGUUCAUCAAUCUUCAUUUUC